CUAGCGGUUUCCUGCCACGCUUCCCGUCCCCUUUUCCCCUCCCAAUCUCCUCCUUCUGCCGAGCUGGGGCCUGGCAAGGAAUGCUGUCUUUAUCGCUUAGUUGUCCGAGGUGGCAUCCAGAUUCCGGAGGUCUGGGUCCUUGGUGUCGUAGUCGCCUAACCCCAGGGCCCUCGCCCUCCCAGGUCCUGUCCUCAGCGCUCCCCGCUCCAUUCUAGGAGGAGCCGAAAAGCCCUCUAUCCCAGUUCAUGGGGAUUGUGGUACGUAAACAGGAUUAACUCUCUCCGCCCCAGCUGCAGCUGAUCUGCCUCCGGCCGCGGUCGGAGCGCGUCCGCAGCGCUUCCUCUCCGCCCACCGCGCUCGAGCCGCCCGGGCGCAGCCAGCGCCGUCCGUCGCCCCCCGGAGUCGCCGCGCCAGCCCCUCGGCCAGCCAUGGGGGACCUGCCGGGCCUGGUGCGCCUCUCCAUCGCGCUGCGCAUCCAGCCCAACGACGGGCCGGUCUUCUUCAAAGUGGACGGGCAGCGCUUCGGCCAGAACCGCACCAUCAAGCUGCUCACCGGCUCCUCCUACAAGGUGGAGGUGAAGAUCAAGCCCACCACGCUGCAAGUCCAGAACAUUUCCAUUGGUGGCACGCUUGUCCCACUGGAGCUGAAGUCUAAAGAACCUGAUGGAGACAGAAUUGUUUAUACAGGCAUAUAUGACACAGAAGGUGUGGCCCCAACCAAGAGUGGAGAACGGCAGCCCAUGCAGAUCACCAUGCCGUUCACAGAUAUUGGGACCUUUGAGACAGUGUGGCAAGUCAAGUUCUACAACUACCACAAGCGAGAUCAUUGCCAGUGGGGAAGCCCCUUCUCCGUCAUUGAAUAUGAAUGCAAGCCCAAUGAGACUCGCAGCCUCAUGUGGGUGAACAAGGAGUCCUUCCUCUGAAGACGAAGGCUCUUUCUGAUGUUGCUGGACAAUCUCUUAAGAAAUCCACUUUUAGGUAAACCAGCACAAGCCUUAUUCAAGGCAUGCCACACCAUUGCUGUACGGAUGACCUACUAGCCCCAGUUAUUCUGAAAGUGUAAUUCCCUGAUGCAAUAUCCCUGACGUAAGAGAUCAUGACCCACCAUCACUGAAAAGAUUCCUUUCUGUAUUUUGUGCUGGUGAUCCUGCAGCCAGUUGUUCUCAGUCCUGCUUGACUGGAGCUCAGUAGAAGUGCCAGUAUGUCCUACACUUGGUGGUUGCAUUGACUAUGAUAUUUUGGUUUCCAAGUUGAGUGAUUCCCCCUUCUUUGUUAAAUGUUAAAUAAUAAUAAUAAUGUGUAUGGGUUCUCCCACAGGUAAUAUGGUAACAUGUAACUUGCAACGUUUUCCAACAAGGCAGGCUUUGUGAAAAUGUCAUACAAACAGCAGUGAAUGGGACUCAAGUGUUCGCUUCCUGUAAACAGCUCUGCUUGUUCAGGCAGGAAUGAUGACAAAUGAAAGGACAGAUCUUUGAUACAUAAGUAUUUAUAACUUAUUAAAACUCUCUCAAGUAAGUUAAGGUAUUCUGCUUAUACCCUAGUGGAAAUGGGGAAAAUCAUUGCUGUGGAUCCCUGUUAAGUAAGGUUUACCCCUCUGGCAAGCUACCCUCAUGUUCAAACGUGUGUAUUGACGGCCUCUCCUGCAUUCGUGUCCCUUGAACUUUGUAAAUCUGUGUAUGGAGCUGUAAUCAACUUUUGAUAUUUCUUAAUAAAGGCACUGAAAAGCA